CAGUUUCUAAGGACAACAAAUUCAAAGCCUUGGAGGAGGACCCAGUUAAUUCUGAGACUUCCCAAAGGGGCAGGGAAACUAACAGAUCGGGUUCUUCGAAAGAGCAAAGCUAGCCCAUUAAGGUGCCAAGCCCAACCCAACCCAAUGACCCUAAAGGCAAAGAGAAGGUAGGGUUCAACCCCUCCCAACCAAUGGAUUCCACUGCACACUUUCUACAUCACACUUCACCGCAAAAUCUUGAAGUCAGUACACCAUAUCUUCCUAUCGAAGCCAGGGCAAAUCCCCCUCACUGUGAUCAAGCUUUGGUCUCUUCAUCCUCUGCAAACACACUAUCCAUUCCGAGUCCAUCUGACACCCCCUUUCCAAGGUCUAUAGAUCUAGCUAUGGUCGAAGCUAUACCCUCCCCAACCCCCUCUGUUACCCCAUUCACAACUCACACCCUACUUCACAACCCGUCGGAGCUUCAAGAAAAAGCUAGUGACCCACCUGAUCCGGAAGAAGCUCAACAUGGACCAGGAGCCGACUGAACAGAUGACCGAGGUGGAAGACCACCAGAAUCAGACCAGUGCAGUGGCCCUGUUAUUAGGACCAGAGACAGAAGUUGCUCACCUAGUCGCUUUCGCUUGGUGGAUAGAACAGAUUCGCAUGACAAUCGUGCUAAGUUGGGAGGGGCUCAACCCACAACCAGUCCACUCGAUUCAGAUGGCCUCAAUGAGGUCAGAAGUAGACGAUCGGCGGCGGAUUCGCAGCAUCGUUAAAGAUCUGGUGUCUGACUCCCCUCUAACUUACCCAUCUAUGGAUUUGCUAUGUCUUUUAUUCUGGAAUUGUCAGGGAGCUGGCAACAACAAUUUCAAGCGCAACCUCAAUGACAUUAUUAGAACCCACAAGCCUGAAAUUCUAGUUCUGUUGGAAACUAAGGUUCCUUUCAGUAAAAUGGGCAAUUUCUUCAAUCGAUUGGGCUUCACAGCCUCAACUAUUGUUGACCCUGUUGGUCGUGUGGAGGGGAUAUGGAUUGUAUGGGAUACAAGCCAAGUUACUGUGCGUGCAUCCUCUGCCACUUCUCAAGCCAUCCAUGCGACUAUCCAUAAAGCUGACUAUGAUGAAUGGGUCUUAGCUGCUGUGUAUGCUAGCCCUUCUCCUGUUAUGAGAGACCAGCUCUGGGAUAAUCUAGAAGAUGUGGCUGGCACUAUGGGGAAGCCUUGGUUAGUCGCAGGGGACUUCAAUGAUUUUGCUACUCAGGGAGAAAGAAGGAGCUUCACCUCCAGAAAUUCUACUGUCCGAAAUCAGAAAUUCCUAGACAGAGUCAACAAUUGCAACUUAAUGGAUCUGGGGAGUUCUGGUCCUAGUAUGACAUGGACUAAUAACCGAAAAGGGCUUGCCAACACAAUGGAACGCCUAGAUAGGGCUAUGUGCAACUCGGAAUGGAGAACCAUGUUCCCAGAGGCCACUGUCCGAAUCCUCCCCAGAACAUACUCAGACCAUUCCCCCCUUCUGGUUUACACUCAAGG